AUGAAGCUUUUCUGUGGUUUGAUAUGGACUCUAAACCAAGUUUGCUGGGGACUUAAGGGCCCUCAGGUAGUGACUGCCCCCCUUGGUGGUUCUGCAUCUGUGCUGUGCCAGUAUGGAAAGGGUCAGGAAGAAUUUGUCAAAUUCUGGUGUAAAGAAGAAACUUUUAGAUUCUGUUCUAGUGAUCACACUGUCUACACAACAGGAUCAGAGGCAGAAGUAAAGUGGAAUGCAAUCUCCAUCAAAGACAACCAUGCAUCCCGCAUGUUCAGGGUGACUAUGGACAACCUCACACAGGGAGAUACUGGGACAUAUCUCUGUGGGGUACAGAAAACCAGGUAUGACAUCUGGUACCCAGUGGAUGUGAUCAUUACCACAGAUGCUGCUGCUGCUGCUUCAAAUGAUUUUCCAAAUAGCAUUUUGGAAACAGUAGCAGAAGAAGAACGUAACUCCUCUACCAUAGCCCCUGAAAGAAUCCAGACAAACAACAUCCACUUUCUGCUCCUGCUCUCCAAAAUCCCCAUUUUCUUAGCCUUGAUAGCCAUUGUGGUAUGGAUACACAUCUGUUACAAAGAAGGCCGAAGUUGCAGUGCCAAGGAUUCCAGAGAUGCCAGAAAAGCUUUAAAUAGGCACAGUGAACGCUCAUGAACAAUUUCUUCCUUAGCAUCGGAAAAGAUGGAGACAUGAAUGGAAUCCCCCAGCUU